GGUUGCGACAAUUUUGGCCGAAGAUCAAAGCGAUUUACGCCGCAUCCGCUGUGCUCUUUCUAGUGGGUUGGAAAUUAACAUUAAUCAGUUUUUGGAGCGUCGCAGUUAUUGAAGCUACUGGUAAUACAAAGAAUGUCCUUGGGUUGGUUUUCAUGUCCACAUAUGUCAGAUUUGUGGGGUACAUCUACAUUCCAUGACAAUCUUCGAUGUGGAAUUCUCACAAUUGAAGUGCUUUAAAAGCCGCCUAUUAGAAAAAAUAUUGUUACCGCAUGCAGAUCUGGACGAAAGUCGAUUAUCUAUCCGGUGGUGGAAGGCAGUUGGCAAACUUAUUUGGAGUAGCGCCAUCGGCUGCAUGGUCAACAGUACGUCGAGUCACUGGAUUUUUAAUUUCGAUCAGCCACGCCACAUUAGGUGGCCACAAGAUGCAUAUAUGCAUGAAGUUGUGAAUAGCUUCGAGCAAAAAAAAGGUAUACCCGGUGUUAUUGGAGCAAUUGAUUGUACGCAUAUAGCUAUAAACGCACCGAAAGAGCAUAAGGAGAACUAUUUUGACCGGAAGAAAACAUACAGCAUUGUAUUGCAAGCGGUAGUGGAUGCUAAUAAAAGUUCAUUAACAUAAGUUGUGGUGAACCGGGAUCCAUGCAUGAUUACCGAGUAUUAAGACGAUCUCGAAUCUAUGAACUGGCAGAAACGCGUUUCGAAGAAAUGUUUCCGAAUUCAUCCUUCAUUAUCGGAGAUUCAGCAUACCCUUCAAGCAACUGGCUUGUAUCCCCCUAUAAAGAUUAUGGGAAUUUAACGGAAAGUCAACGAAAAUUUAAUAAGUUACAUUCUUCUACGCGCAUAAUAGCCGAGAAUGCGUUUGGGUAAUUAAAGGGUCGCUUUCGGAGAUUGCUUAAGUUUACUGAACAAAUUGAUUUAAAAGCUGUGACGAACGUAGUAGCCGGCAUAUAUGGUUUACAUAACAUUUGCAUCUCCAUGGAUGAUUUAUGUGAGAAUAAUGAAGUAAAUUUUGAACAACUUGAGGAGAAUAUCGAAGAACCCAACCAGGACGGGCCUCUUGACAGAAGAGAAGUUCUGUUCAAUCACUUGAGACGACAAAACAAAAUAUAAUUGUUUUAACUAUUUAUGUAAGUGUCACAUUAUUUAAAUAACUAAACAUUUACCUUUAAACUAAUAAAAUUAUGUUAUUUGUAUUUCCGCUCAAGACUAACAUCACAAACCCAUCUUCAUAUAUUUAAAUGUAAUUCAUUAUGCGCAAUAAUCGGUGACCUUAAACACUAGGAGAAUUAAAAAAAAACAUUUCUGCCAUCCGAACAGGUAUUUUGAACAUCCAAAAAUAGAAAAACUAUGAAAUUUUAAUUUUAAAUUAUAUUUCAGCUGUUUCGGCUUACUGUUACCGAAAUUAAUAAAAGUCAAAGCUUUUUAGCUGUAAAUUUGUUCCGGUGACAAUGGUGGAUGGUGCUAUGUUACCACAGUCAGUUAGUGCUUUUUCUUAAAAACGAAAACUACAAAUUUUUUCUUUAAAAAACGAAAGUUAAUUUUUUCCCUUUUCACA